CCUCAACAUAAUAUGUAAUUUUUUUUAAAUAGUAAAUUUUAGCCUAAACUUAGGCUCUUGGAAAUCGGAAAAUGCCUAGCACAACAAAUCCUUAAUAGCAACGAGAAGAACUCUCGAAAAAACAUAAUUAUAUUGAAGAUGACAACGCAAUAACUCUCAAACCACUACGAUGUCGACCUCGAAGCAACUGUUAGGCAGCUAUUCUGUACCAAAUGUGAGCUUGGUGUACGUUUGCCUCGUGGGCAAUAUUACCCCAGGGAAUCCGGGGAAGUCUAAUGUUGGCUGUGGGUCGGGACACAGUCGACCGUCGCUUCACAUCAUUGACAAUGUUGACGAGGUUGGCACCAGUAAAGACAACGACACUGCAAUAGAAGUCCAGAGAUCCGUAGCAUUCCACGAACUUGUCGAGAGCCCUGGGAAAUUUGGGAUCCUCGAAUAUUUUCCCGAUAAAAUCGAGGAACAAGCAUCAGAAACAAUACCUUUGCCACACCAUAAGGGAGAGGCAGAUGAAGAAAAUGUAUAUGGCAAUCCGAAAAUUCUGAGCUUAACUAAAACCAAGUGGCUCAGCGAGAGUCGAGAUGGAUCUCCUGAUGCAAGAGAGUGCCUGAUACAAUCUACAACGUCAGAGAGCUCGCUCGGAGAGGAAUUGCCCGAACACACGUCCACCCAUAAAGCCCUGUCCACGGUGCUAGCCUUGGACAAGGAGCACAACCUAUUCGGCUUGUCCAACACAUACAUACAGCUGACGAGCCCCAAGUGGAGGAAGUGCCCGAAGGAUAGCGACAGUAAAGCGGUCUUCCAUCAGACUGCUAUUGUUCAAGCUUGCUACAAGACGUGUUGCAGGCGUAGGAGCAAGACAGACUUACCAUCGUCUUUGAAGUGCGGAGGCUGCAAGUCAAGAUGCUCCUGCGCCAGAUGUCGCUCGUGCAUCAGUUGCACGUCGCUAUUAUGCAAAUCCUCCUGCUCUACGUGUGUUGUCCCCUGCAAUCCUUGCUUGCCGUGCGGCUCAUCUUGCGUGGUGCCGUGCCCUUUGUUUUUUAACAAACCCUGUCCCCCUAAGACCUGUCCAUCAAGGCCUUGUCCAAGUUACUUUAGUUGCUGCACGCCUUCUUGCAGCAGGGAAUGCCCACGAUUUGGAUUGCAGUUGUCUGUCAUGAAGAAACCAAAAUUUGCUCCGGUUUAUUCGGAAAUUGAGCCAAAAGCAAGCUGUAUUCUAUCAAAGCCAUUCCUCGCCCGCUCUUGCAACCACCACCCCCGCUGCAUCCCCCCCUCCACCUGCUUCCCGUACCUCAUGCCGUGCUUCUGGCCCACGCGGUCCGGUGCCCCCUGCUGCGAGCCUUCGCAGUGCUUCCACAACCCGCCGUGCCCGAGGGGCCGCUCGAAGACUGGCAGGGUGCAUCCGCAGGAGCUGUGUCCGCAUGGUCUUCCAUGCGUCGGGAAGGACAAGAGCCAAAAAUGUGAAAACUAUUCUUGCAUAGGGCGCAACAAUGAAGCAUUGGCAAAAGCAUUGGCUGAUUUCAACACCGUAAAGAAAUAAAUGAAGAUUACUCAAUAUACUUUUAUAAACAUAAAUUUCCAAAUAAACUACAAUUCAAA